GCCACCUGCCCUCCGCUCGCCCCUCCCCGCCCCUCCCCGCCCCGCGGAAGCAGAAGGAGGAAUCGGCCCCGGCUGGGGACAGCCUUCCCGGGAGCCGACAAAGGAAGAACACAGGCUCGGUCUGCGCUGAGAAGGGUGUGGCUUCUUUUCCGUUGACAACAGCCAGGGGCUUAUAUCUUGCUGAAGUCACAAUCCAAGUUCUUUCCACUACUUGUAUGCUCCUUGACUUAUGAUGGAAUUACAUCCUGAUAAACCCAUACGAAAAUAUAAGUACCUCUCUCUGUGUCCAGGUGGAAUGCCAGAAGACAGAACAUGGUUCCUCCUCAUGCUGUGGAUCCACAGUCAGAUAACUGAUUAGAUCCCAAGGAGAUAGUUUUCAUUUUCUCAAAGAAAAGGCAAAAAGUUGCAGCCAGUGGCAUUUACCCUCAUGGAGACCAAGGGUCAUGACAAUGCCCAGGAGGGACCCGCGUCCUCCAGCGCUAGGCCGGCUACCAUGGAGGACAACCGCUCGCUGAUCCAAGCUGUUGCGAAAAAAGAUGUCCAGAUGGUCCAGCAAUUGCUGGAAAGAGGAGCUGAUGUCAAUUUCCAGGAAGAGUCAGGGGGCUGGACAGCUCUGCAUAACGCGGUGCAAGCUAGCAGGGAGGACAUCGUGGAGCUUCUGCUCCAUCACGGUGCGGACCCUUGCCUGAGGAAGAGGAAUGGGGCCACGCCCUUCAUCGUCGCAGCCAUCGUGGGAAACGUGCGGCUGCUCAAACUUUUCCUCUCUAAAGGAGCAGACGUCAAUGAGUGCGAUUUUCACGGCUUCACGGCUUUCAUGGAAGCCGCCGCGUACGGUAGGGUCGCUGCCCUGAGAUUCCUUCACGCGAGUGGCGCAGAGGUGAACCUGAGCAGGAGGACAAAGCAGGACCAAGAGCGGCUCAGGAAAGGAGGGGCCACGGCGCUCAUGGACGCCGCUGGGGAAGGCCACCUGGAAGUCGUGGGGAUUCUCCUGGAUGAGAUGGGGGCGGAUGUCAACGCCCGCGACAAUAUGGGCAGAAACGCCUUGAUCCAUGCUCUUCUGAGCUCCCGUGAUGGGGACGUGGAGGCCAUUACCCGCCUUCUGCUGGACCGCGGGGCUGACGUCAACGCGAGGGGAGACAGGGGGAAGACGCCCCUGAUCCUGGCGGUGGAGAAGAAGCACCUGGGUUUGGUGCAGAUGCUUCUGGAGCAAGAGCACGUGGAGAUCGACGACACAGACUGCGAGGGCAAAGCGGCGCUGCUGAUUGCUGUCGAGCUCAAACUGGGCGAAAUCGCCCGGUUGCUGUGCAUCCGCGGGGCCAGCACAGACUGUGGGGACCUGGUCAUGAUAGCCAAGCGGAACUACGACAGCUCCCUUGUGACGUUUCUUCUCCUCCAUGGAGCUAGAGAACAUUUUCUCCCUCCUGCUGAGGACUGGAAGCCUCAGAGUUCACGGUGGGGGGCGGCCCUGAAAAAUCUCCGCAGAACGUUCCGCCCUAUGAUAGGCAAACUCAAGAUCUUUAUUGAAGAAACAUAUAAAAUUGCUGACACUUCUGAAGGGGGCGUCUACCUGGGGAUCUACGAGGAGCGAGAGGUGGCGGUGAAGACAUUCUGCGAAGGCAGCGCGCGUGCGCAACAGGAAGUCUCCUGUCUGCAAAGCAGCCGAGAGAACAGUGACUUGGUGACAUUCUAUGGGAGUGAGAGCCACAGGGGCUGCCUGUACGUGUGUGUCACCCUCUGUGAAGAGACUCUGGAAGCGCGCUUGCUUGUGCACAGAGGGGAAACUGUGGAAAAUGAGGAAGAUGAGUUUGCCCGAAAUGUCCUCCUAUCUAUAUUUAAGGCUGUUCGAGAACUACACUUGUCGUGUGGAUACACUCACCAGGAUCUGCAGCCACAGAACAUCUUAAUAGAUUCUAAGAAUGCGGCUCGCCUGGCGGAUUUUGAUAAGAGCAUCAAGUGGGCUGGAGAUCCACAGGAAAUCAAGAGAGAUCUAGAGGCCCUUGGACGGCUGGUCCUAUACGUGGUAAAGAAGGAAGACAUCUCUUUUGAGAAGCUGAAGGCUCAAAGCAAUGAAGAGGUCGUUCUACUUUCUCCGGAUGAGGAAACUAAGGACCUCAUUCAUCGUCUGUUCCACCCCGGGGAAAAUAUGAGGGACUGUCUGAGUGACCUACUGGGUCACCCCUUCUUUUGGAGUUGGGAGAGCCGCUAUAGGACACUUCGGAAUGUGGGAAAUGAAUCCGACAUCAAAAAGCGAGAUUCUGAAAGUGAGAUCUUCAAACUCCUGCAACUUGGACCAUCUGAACAUUCCAAAAGCUUUGCCAAGUGGACUAAAAAGAUUAAUAAAUGUGUUAUGAAAGAAAUGAAUGAGUUCUAUAAAAAAAGAAUAUAUUUCUACCGGAACACUGUGAGUGAUCUGCUAAAGUUCAUUAGGAAUAUAGGAGAACACAUUGAUGAAGACAAGAAUAAAGGGAUAAAGGCGAUCAUUGGAGACCCUUCCCGGUAUUUUCAGAAGACAUUUCCAGAUCUGAUGAUCUAUGUCUAUACAAAACUAGAGAACACAGAAUACAGGAAGCAUUUCCCUGAAGCCCACAGUCCAAACAAGCCCCAGGUGACAGAGAUGGCGAGGCCAGAGGUUGGCCAGCCCCAGGUGCUGACUUAGUCGUGUGAGUUCAGGGAACCACUUAAUAGCUGAGGGGUCUUUGCUUGGCAAGUUGCAAUUCUGUGGGCCUCUUAACUGAUGCAGUUGCUUGUGAGGGAUGAGUUGGGUGGCUGAUGUGUCACUCCCUGGCAGAGUGCAUUCCACAUGUCUCUAACAAAAGCAGUAUAUGCCCGUACAACACUAGUCCACUCUGUCGGGUGAAGCUUACAUGCGGAACCGGGAGGGCAUGCUGCCAAGAUUCCUCUUGUCAAUUGCACCAAAGGAGUGAGUGCCUAGGCCCCUAAUGCCGAGUGCUUUACAACGAUCUCAUUUAAUCCUCCCAAUGACCUUGCAAAACAGGGUUUAUUACCUCAUUUAAGAACUGAGGAACCUGACACUCAGACUUUGAGCUACUGGCCCAAGAUCAUACAACUUGUACAGAGCUCUGUAUGAAUGGAUAUUGUUACCUCUCACUUGGGCACCUUAAAACUCAAUUAGCAGCUCAGAGCUCUUCUGUUUAAAUUCUUUCUUUUCUUCUUUUUUUCUUGAGACAGAGUCUCUCUUUGUCACCAUGGGUAGAGUGCAGUGG